CGAAAGCCGAUAAAAGCCGACGUAAACGUCGCCCCCUUUGUAUUUAUAUCGCGCAUAACCUUGAUCUAAAAAAUGGGUCCUAAACCUGUAUUUUUGGAUGUUGACUCGACGAUUGUGGAGAAGAACUUGCGGAUAACGAAUGACUCUGAUGAAAUUACUCAACUUUUGGAGCGCGAAGAGCAGUACCCAUCGAAAUUAAUAAAACCGAUUCCAGGUUUCUGUGUAAAAACAAAAGAAAUCGGAACCAACGAAAAGUUAUUUGUAAACAUUUGUCAGACCGACGCUCUACCUCCGCCUGAUGACAUAAGUGAAAGCCAACUCGCCGAUAUUUGCAACUCGGACGAGAUCUGUAAUUACAAAAUUCCCUUAAGCAUUGGCGAGGUGCGUAAUGAAUCCGAUAAAAAAGGAAUUGGCGCCAAAGCGGUCGACAUCGCCAUAAAUACAAAGUUCAUGUACAAAAUCGAAAAUAGUGUACUUUUUAAGAACUUUUUGCUCACAGUGGUUUUCGAGGGUCUACGAGAUAAGUACAACUUGCACAUGACGGACGAGCGAGUGAUAUUAAAGAACAAAAAAGCGUAUGGAACAUUACAGCUGCAUCGAAUUCAGCAACGAGAAAUCCAGAAUACUAUCGCUUCUAUCAAAGGGGAGGAGCAAAUUUUGAUUGAUACAAACCGAAACGCCCAACCGUUUAUACAGGUGCUGUCAAGUUCCGAAAAGUCUAUCAUUACCCCCAAGUAUAGGCUGUUCAGGAGGAAGGGCGAAAAUAACUUGUGCUACUGCGAAAUUCAGUUGCGUGCUGCCCCAAAAUCUAGAGAUUUCAUGUUGGAAGUUGGUGAAGAUCGAGUUGUGUUCGAAUCGAAGGCAUCUGGGUAUUUUUUAGAUAUCUACCUACCAUUCUCCAUCAAUUUUGCAACAUCCACAUACAACACUUGUUCGAAGAUUUUAACAGUAAAAAUGUCUACCUGCUAAGACUAUGUUUAAAUAUUUCAUCAAUAAAUGAUCUACAUUUUUAAUCAUUUAUCUGUAGCAAACUACAUUGAGAUAUCACCUGUACAAGUGUAAAUAAGUUACACUUAGAUUAGAAGUGAAUAUAAAUCACAACCUUAUUAUUGGAGCGUUUGUUCCUAACAACAGAACUGGAGUGCUUCGUUAUCGGAUACAUUUAAAAGUUGAAGUAUUACGCAUUAUUAAUAAAUGAUAAGAAAGGUUCUAAGUGUUGCAUUUCGUAAAUCUGUAUAACUUCACUUAAAUUGUUUUUAAUUAUGUAGAUUAAUAGUAGAAUUGUUUUAAUGAAAUAAAUAAAUGUAUGAUGACUCAGAA